AAUAAAAAUGUCAAUGGGUUAUCAAUUCUUGCUGAUAAAUCUCGUCCAAGAUCCACUCCCGAAUUUCAUAAAAUAUAUGAGAAGAUUAAAGCUGAUAAUUAUCCAGGAUUAAUUUUUGAUCCAGCAGAAAGCGUUGAGGAGAAAGAAAUUAAAGAUAAAGGCUGG